CAUAACAGGUUAUCAGGUAGUGGAAAGGUACUUUUAAAGGGCCCAUCAGAUCUGUCGGAAGUAACGGAAGGUGUCAAAGUGGCACUCCUUUGUAAAAUAGAUGGUAAUCCUGAACCCACUCUCCAGUGGUACCGUGAUGGCGAGCUUUUAACACUCGGCAACAAUUAUGAAAUCAACGGUCCCCGCCUGAAGAUUAAAAGUAUGACACCUGAUGACAAUGGAGUAUAUGCCUGUAGGGGAAGAAACCGGCUUGGAGAUGCCUGGAGUGUUGUGGAAAAUGUUACCUUACACAUUGAUGAUACCAGACUAGCUAAAGUGGUUGUUACUCCUGAGGAUGUGACCGUGGUAAGAGCAGAUAAAGCGUUACUUGACUGCAGCUGUUCUGGAGAUCCUGAGCCAACCCUCGACUGGUAUUUUCAGGAGUUUGGUGCAGAAAUGCCUGAUACAGAACCACUGACAAAUAAAACCCGCCAAUCCAUAUUCCUCAAUGGCUCUUUGUCCAUUGAUCAAGUUAAGCGUAGUCAAGCCGGUACCUAUGUGUGUACCUGUUCCAACGGACGCUCCACGGAUACAACUCAUGCCAUUCUGACUGUUGCAAAUAUUGACAACAUGCAGAAUUUUGAUAACGUCUUCGUAAAACCUGGGUCAUCUGUUUCGGUUAACUGUACGUUUCCAGACAACGAAGCAGGUGGUGUACCGUUACCAGAACCAGUGUGGUUCGGUAUUAAUGGUUCUCCCUUGACGAAUACUGGUAAUGUGAAACAAAAUGGUAGUUUCCUGAUUAUUGAUAGUGUGACUGAAACAGACUAUGGGACGUACCAGUGCACCAUGUCGAACAUGGCUGGGCAGAAGCAGGCUUCGGUGGACGUUGGAGAAACUACUCAACCAAAGAUAACUACCAAGCCACUGGCUCAGGUUAAGAAAGAAGGCAAAGACCUGUAUUCUCAUUGUAUAGCUGAAGGCUCACCAACUCCAACGAUUAACUGGCUAAGAAAUAGUAUCGAUGUCACAGAGAUACCGAAGGAGAGUGGUAGGUUCACUGUGUUUCCAAAUGGCACCCUUCGCAUUUCACCACUGAAGAAGUCAGACUCCGGAUUCUAUGCCUGCAAAGCUUCAUCUCCAGGAGGCAAUGCACAAACUUUGGUGAACAUCACUGUACAAGAAACGUUGAAAUUCAUACACUGGCAAGCCUGGAAACAGCUAGAAGUUGGUGAACCUAGCCGAUUGACCUGUACAGCUCGCGGUGGAAAGGACAUUGAUAUCUUGUGGAGGAAAGCAACUGGAUCAUUUCCAGUCGGUGUUUACCAGAGGGAGAACUUCCUCAUCUUUGACAACCCAUUACAAUCUGAUUCUGGGAACUAUAUUUGUGUUGCCAUGGUUCGGAAUGAUCCGAGUGCAUUUAUCAAUAAUUCUGUCAGCGUAACUGUUCAGAUUAGUCCUAAAUUCACAGUACUUCCUGGAAAUGUAACCGGCUACAUUGGAAGGAGUCUGGUGAUCAAUUGCCAAGCAACCGGUGACCCUCCGCCAAAGAUAACGUGGCUGAAUGUGCCGAAAGAAUCAACCGUGUAUAAAAAUGGCACAUUGGUCAUUAGCCGUUUGACUCCAAGUGACGAAGGUGCAUACCAAUGUAUUGCUGGUAGCGCAGCAGGGUUGAAUACAACGAUCUUAAACUUAGAUGUCUCAAGAUCAGGUCCACCUACUGAAGCUGGAUUGAUGACGAGAACGAUUGCAAUUGCUGUAGGCUGCGCUGUUGCCUACAUCUUACUUGUAGUUGGCCUUAUGUGCUACUGUCGUCACAGACGACUCAAAAUGAGUAAGAAUUUUGAGGACAGCGAGAAAACUAACGGGAUGCUGGCCAACAAGCAGGACCAUAAAGAGGGCAACGGUCGAGUGUUGAAAGAUGGCGAGAUGGUGAUGAAUCCGGUGUAUCCAGGCAGGCGCGGCAGUUACGAUAAUCUACUCUUUCCAAAACAUGAUCUACAGAAGCUAUCUGUAUUGGGUAAGGGGAGAUUUGGUGAAGUGUUCUUAGCCAGAGCUGUUGGUAUUAAAGACGGAGAAGAAGUGACAACCGUUAUAGUGAAAUCUUUGAAUGAGAACGAGGAGAGCGUUCAAUUAGACUUCAGAAGAGAAAUUGACAUGUUGAGCAAAGUGGACCAUGACAACAUUGUCAAACUCUUAGGCAUCUGUAGAGAGGCUGACGUCCAGUUCAUGAUCACAGAAUAUUUAGAUUGGGGAGACCUGAAAAACUACCUGAUAGCAACUCAAGGCAAGAAUGGUCACGCAAACUCGCCUCCUCAACUAACCCUCACCCAGAAAAUUGAUGUCAUGAACCAGGUCGCUCUAGGGAUGGAACACCUUGCUAGCCACCGGUACACUCAUGGAGAUCUGGCCGCCCAUAACUGCCUUCUAAGUCCUUCCAUGGAGAUCAAGAUCACAACCAUCUCUGUAUCGCAAGACUUGUUCCGCAAUGACUACCACGAGUAUCACCAACGACUCCUGCCAAUCAGAUGGAUGCCACCAGAAGCUAUUUAUGAAGAUGACUUCUCCACAAAGAGUGAUGUAUGGGCUUUUGGUGUGCUCACCUGGGAGGUUUUUUCAUCUGGAGAGUUGCCAUAUAAAGACAAGGACAAUGAUGAUGUUUUGAAGGCUAUUGUUGAUGGAGACCUGAUGCUGGAGACUCCACAGGGAACACCAGAUGAGGUCGAAAUCUUGAUGCAUAGAUGUUGGUCAAAUUCUCCCACCGAUCGGCCAUCAUUUGGUGAUAUCGUGCAAACUAUUGGCGAGCUGCCAAAUGAUAGCCAAAUUUAGGAUAAAUAUGACCUGUUAUUAAAAUUAUGGGGUAGUCGUUGUUUUUAUAAAAAUUGAUGACAUAAACAAGGUUACUUUACAAUGGAGAUAUUUGUAUUUGAAUACUAAUAUCCAGAUUGUAAAUAUAAUUUUGACAGCGCUUCUAAGUUAUGUUUUGUGGAAUGUCAUUAAAGAUGUCAGAUAGAUUUGUAUUGACUCUGAUCCAAAUUGAAUUAUUCAAUUAAAUUUUUCUUUUUGUAAUUUUAAAUGCCAAUAAGUAUUAAAUUCACAUUCAUCCUUAAUCCUAUGACGGUGUCAUCAAUGAAUCAUUGUUCUAAAAUCAAAUUUCUUCUCUUCCCAAAAGUCCAAUACUUAUGAUGAAAGCGUUCAUGUGUUUUCUAGGGAAAUUGUAUUGUUGCAGGUGUAUAAUGCUCCUCUUAUGUAGAAAAUUUAAGCGCAUUAUACUAAGUUCAGCGAGCACUGUUUGGACUCUAGGGGGCACUGUACUAGCUACAACUGGACAACUAGUUGUUACGAACACAUAUGACACAUUUUUGUAUCUGGACCAAACUUUUAAAUUCCUAAAAUAUUUGCAAGAAUGAAUUACGGCUUUAGUUGAUUUAUUCCACCGAUAAAUGUAGACAUAUUUGUUAUCCACUAAACAACUUCAUAGUAUAAAUUCAAUCCUUAAUUGUUUUCAAAUCCCACCAGCAGAUUAAUAUUUAUUUUUAUAAUCGAUUUUAGAUGUUUUUAAAAACUAUAAACUUCUGAUAAUUGUGAUGUUUCACAUUGAAAAAUGUAGAAAACUAAUGAAGUGAUUUUACAAUAACAGUGCAACAAGUAUAACCUAGUAUUACCAUCCCUUAGUAUAAAGUAGAUUUUAGAAUUUCUAAACCAAAUUUAAAAACUAAUUUAUCCUUUUUAAAAAUGUACUCCAAUGCAAGACGUCUUGUGUAAUUUUGACAGCAUCUUAUGUGAGAUCUGGUUUUAAAAUUGAUAGAUCAUAACUUUAAAUGAAUGCAUUAAAAUAAAAAUAAAUUAAUUUUCUUAUUGCAGUUUCAGUUUUACUACUGGCUAUGAUUCAUAUCUUGGUAAUGUACUUUGUUGAUCCUUUAAAAAAAAUGUUGAAGUACUGUUCAAUAAAUGUAAUUUUUAUUAUUUAUGUAAUUGCUUUUAAAGUUUUUAUAUUAAUUUGCACCUUUAACACCAGACUGAGGUUCUGAAAUAUUAUUAUUUUUAAAAUCUUGAAAGUACAACCUGACUGCUUAGUUUACCAAAUUUUGAACCACAGAUACACAAAGUACAGUAUCUCUGUUUUAGCUGAAUACUUAAGUUGCUGAAAAUUUUGCUCUUUUAUGAGAAAAUUCACAACUUUUUAGAAUUGUAUUAUAUUAGACAUACAUUCAGAUGUUUUAUAAAUUAAUAUUUCAUGUUUUCUGUAUUUGAAAUGUGUGGAUAGCGAUAUGUCCAUAAUUUGUAAAUAUACCCUGGAUAAGUAAAUUAAGUACUAAUUGUAAAUUAAGUAUUAAGUAGAACUCAUUGUAAAUUAAGCAUUAAGUAGAAACCCUUAUUCUCAGUUUAUGCUCAGCUUUUAAAAAUAGUAAAGCAAUGGUAAGGAUACUGUUAGCAAAGUGUAAUAAUUGUCCCAAAUGGUCAUGUGAUGAUUUUUACGUGAGCCCGAAUUAAUAUUGUUAAGCAAUUAAACAUUCCCUUUGUUCAUGAGCUCCCCAUUCCAGCAUUCUUCUCCAAUUGGUUGUUAAGAGUCUUUUGACUUGGCAUGCAAACUUGUACACAUUUGAUAAUGGUCAACAUUUAUAA